AUGGAGAAUGCUCUGAUCUUCAGAAGCCUCUAUUUGCUUCACUCCGCUCCGACGUCGUUUCCUUCCCACGUCCCGACCAGACUCAAAUUAUCGAAGCUUGAAAGCUCAGUUUCACCUGGGCGACAUCGAGACAAAUCUCUACUGAUAACGCAAGCUUUCGGGUCGGGUAAAAACGGGCAGCUUAACGGGUUUCCGAAUCUCCCCAACAAAAUUUUCAUGGAAGAGGUGAUUGGGGCUGAAUAUGGAGAAGGUUUCGAGACUUUUAGACCUGAAGGUCCCCUUAAAGUUGAUGUGGACUUUUUAAAUGAUAAUAUGCAAGAAGGGUUUCUCCGAAGGAUCCGAUACGCCAUGAAGCCUGAUGAAGCGUAUGGCCUCAUAUUUUCUUGGGACAAUGUCGUGGCUGAUACUCGAACUUUGAGGUUGCAUGCAUGGGAACAACUUGCAUCUGAGGAAGGAAAAGAGAUUCCUGAAGAUGAAAAUGUGCAAAGAUUUCUGCUUCAAGCAGGUGCUGACGAUGUUCUACGUAAGAUAUUGCACUGGGGGAAGGCCGAAGAUGAUAUCCAUAGACUGAAGGCCAGGAUUGCAAUGCUAUAUUAUGAAAAUCUCAUCAGACACUCAGAACCCAUAGAUGGGCUUAAAGAAUGGUUAGAUGCUGUUGCUACUUCCCGCAUCCCUUGUGCAGUUGUUUCUAGUCUUGACCGGAAAAACAUGGUUGAUGCUUUGGACCGAAUGGAACUGAGAAAGUAUUUUCAGGCUAUGGUAUCUGAGGAAGAUGGUAUGGAUUCCAUAGCUCACAGGUUCCUGUCAGCAGCAGUUAAGCUGGACAGAAAACCCGCCAAGUGUGUGGUGUUUGAGGACGAUCCCAGGGGAAUAACUGCUGCUCACAACUGUACAAUGAUGGCCAUUGCUUUAAUUGGUGCUCAUCCUGCGUAUGUUCUUAGGCAGGCUGACUUAGCAGUCGCGAGUUUUAACGAGCUUUCAGUGAUCAAUCUCAGAAGACUGUUUGCGAACAAAGGCUCGACUUUCAUGGACCCUCAAAAGCAAAUUGUAGAGAAAACUCCCCCGAGAAGGAAGUUGACUACUGACACCAUAUUCUGA